AGCAAGAAGAACGAGGUGUGCGGUGUUCAAUCUAACAAUGGUUUGAUUGAUUUGGAUGAUCUAACCACGAGUAACACUCAACUAAUUUCAUUGUGCGACGAUGACGAUCUCGUACUCACAAACAAUACACGUAACGAGCUUGAGAACGACGACAAGAGUCUGCAGGAGCUGAUAGAGAGUGAACUGGCCCUGAGGAUCUGCUCGAGUAAAGAGGACGACGAUGAUGCCGUCAUCGAAGAAACCGAAAAUGUCAUCUCUCAACCAGAGACAAUCAAGAAAAUCGUUCUGGACUGUCGACAGGAUCCCGUUGAUGUUAAUGCAGAGUUCAUAGCUGCCGAGAGCGGACACUAUUCUUUAGUCGAGGAACCAUAUGGUCAUCGGAAUGGUCACGUGUCCCCACAGGUUAACAUUGAAGUUGUAAAACCAGAACCAGUACGUUUCCAUGAUGAAGAAGAAGAUCAGGCGUUUGUCGAGCAGCCGGAAGCUGGUGUUCCGCCGGUAAUUAUUCAGAAAACAAACGAAGGUGAUCAAGAGUCAAACCACGACGAAGCUGUCGAUGUUAGCAGCAACAGUGAGGAGUGUCAGGCGAUUGUCAAGGAAGCUGUUCCUCCCUCGGAUGAUACAAACUCUAGCAAUGUCACAAAUGAUUUCGUAGAUGAAUCGAACUCCCAGUCUUUCCCGAUUUCUGCCAGUUGUCCCGUAGAUAAAUACCAAUGGAAGGAAGAAUUGGUGCUGAAGACACUCGAUGACGUAGAUCUCCUUUGCACCGACGUCGAACAGGAAAGAAAGAAUGCAGAUAUUGAUAUUCCGGAUUCCAUGUUGUAUGACCCGACGACACUUCUAUUUGGCAUGACGGUCGGUCGGUUCCAUAACUUUGAUGAGGAAAUCUAUCUACACAAUCCAAACCUUGUUGAAGAAGUGAAAAUCCCUUGGAUGAAUAAAGAGUCUUCCACGAAUGAACAUAUCGAUACGCUUAAUGAUUCCUAUGCAAACAAUUCUGUCGAGGAGGAAGAGAAGAUUCCCACAUCGCCGAUCCGUCGGGAUAAAUCGUCAAUCUCCGAAACGAUCCAAGAGGUCGAUUUGAAACUGGAGGAUUCUCGUUUCUCCGACGAUGUCUGCCAGUCCGAGAUGUCCGCGGAGAUGGCCAGCACGCAGGAAUUCCUCGACAUAGAACGCCGUGUGCUAAACGAAGAGAUCGAUCAGGAACCACCGCAGAUUGUGAUAUCGUCAGAGAUCGCCGAAUCUCAGGCGACGUCGGGAUCGAUUCUGGAAAAUGAAUCGCCAGAGUGUCUCGUUGCGGAAGAUACGCAAAAUCUGGUAGACGAAUCCUCGAGCGAGUUCUCGGCGUCAGACUCGACUUUUAUUGAAAAAACCGAGAUUGUAGUGUCUGACACGAGAGUGAUGAUCUUUUCGGAAACGAGACAACUCGUCGCCGAGCAGAUCGGGAAUCUCGACUCGUGGACCACAGUCGAGGAGGCCACAAAAUCGGCAGACGCCGAAGAACUACAGAAGGACGCGCCAGCCGCGACGGAACGUGACGCGGUUAAUGACGCGACGAGGGACGAUAAUGAAGGGAAGCAAGACGAUUACCUUGCACCCUCGUCUCCCCGUGCGCCCCUGGCCACACCGGACGAGACGGAGACGAGCGAUGUUUCUAACGCCUGUGACAGCGAAAGUCGCGAGGAAACGGUGACCACGAGUUCCACCGUAGUGACCUCCUCGAAAGGUGGGACCAAAACGAAGAAGAAGAAGAUCGAGGGCGUUGCUGGUAACGAUGCCACCUCGCCGAACCUUACGCCGCGCACAAAGAAAACCAAGAAGAGCAAGAAGAGCGAUCUCGAGAAGGAGAACAUCUCCGUGAACUGUAGCUUACAAGACGCAAGCAUGCAUACGGGCACUCAGCGAUCGCAUUCGGAGAUGAUCGAUUUUUCCGCCAAGGACGAUUUAUCGAACGUCAAUGUUAAGUCACUGACACAGAACUAUGUCUCGGAAACGAGUCGUAGUGAUCAGGAGAAGUUGUGCAGGGAGCGGAUAGCGACUGGCGUGUCCAUCAAGCAAUUAUGUCGCAGCUUUGGCGACAUCUCGAACAUGAGUGACGGCGAUCAGGCAACUUUUGGGAAAGCGAACCAUACGAUGGAAAUUGAAGAGAAAUCGAGCUUUAAUAAAUUAGACGCUCUUAGCAAGAAAGUCCUUCAUGUGCGUUCGGUUGAUGCGGGGAAAGUCCAACAGCAGUUGAAUGCAGUGGGUCAGAAUGCCGAUGCGAAUACGAACUGUCGCAGCUGUGGCAAGGUCGUGUUCCAAAUGGAGCAGACAAAGGCCGAGGGUCUGGUCUGGCACAAGAAUUGCUUCCGGUGCGUGCAAUGCAGUAAGCAGCUCAAUGUGGACAAUUAUGAGAGCCACGAGAGUAAGCUCUACUGUAAGCCACACUUCAAGGAACUCUUCCAACCGAAACCGGUCGAGGAGUCCGACCAACCUGUGCGACCUCGAAAGCCGGAGCUGAUCAUACGGGAGAACGAGCCGAAAGAAUUGCCGCCCGAUGUGGUCAGAGCUUCCGACAAACCUGAUCUGGGACUCGAGGAACUUUCAAGCUUAAACGUCAAGUCGCGCUUCCAAGUCUUUGAGAAAGCUAGUACGGAGAACACCAAUGAGAUCGAACGAUCACCAUCACAAAUCGCCGUCAAGAGAUCACCCAGCAUCCUUAGCAAACUGGCCAAAUUUCAAGCGAAAGGCAUGGACAUUGGCGUGGCAGACGAAUCUCUCAAUGGUAUACCUUAUGAAGAGUCCAGCGAAAGUGAGGAUGAAGUAGAGGCAGAAGAAACCGAAGAAGUGGAAUCCGAAAUCGUGAAGUCAAAACGCACUACACGCGAACGACCGAUCAGCUUUUCGAAGAUGGACGACAUCAAAAAUCGUUGGGAGAGCACCAGCCAGCAGGGAAGACGCGAGGUUCAGCGCGAGGCUAGGAAGGAAGAAAUCGCAGGAAUCCGUUCGCGAUUGUUCUUGGGUAAACAGGGUAAGAUGAAGGAAAUGUAUCAACAGGCAGUAGCUGGAAGCGACCGUGUUACGAAGAUAAACGCAGCAGAGGAGAUUCAGCACUCGACUACCCACGCUCGUUCCCUCAAAGAGAGAUUUGAACGGGGCGAGCCAAUCGCAGCGUCAGACGACGAAACUGAUAGUAAACUGAAACCGGAGAAAGCCGACGAGGAGGUGAUCGCAGCAGGUAUAUCACGCAAACACGCAGCAAAAACAGGACGCCCAGUGACGCCAGUUCAUCCAAAAACGCCAACCGAAACUUCACGACGUGCACGAGAUGCCUUCAUGGGUCGUCAAGUCUCAGACGAUGUGGUGCGCAGCUCAGAUGCGACCGAGGAGAUCCAAGUAGAAACGUCGGAAAUUUCGAACAAGUUCAAAUUCUUCGAGUCCUAUAAGGAACCGGAGAAACAGCGGAAGCAAUUUCGCAUUACGCCGCCUCGAGACGGUCAAGUCAAGAUGGAUUCACCGGAUCGCGAGAUUUACCGCGAUCCAGAUGUAGUCAGAGCCGACGACAGGGUGGACGAAGUGGUGCGCACAGACACAGCGAGGAAGAUGCUGUCCAUCUUUCGGCAGAUGGAAGAGAACGCGUGCAAGGAAGAACUGCCGGAGGGUCCGAAGCCCUUGAAACGUUUCACACCGCCUCCUGAGGAUAAAUUCGCCAAAGCAACGGCCUCGGACUCGGAGGAAGGCGAGGAUGAAGAGGGCGAGGAAACCGACGGUGAUGAAAGCGCUGAGGAGAGAGAUCCUAACUACGUCCGUGCUUCCGAUAAGGUGGAGGACGAAUUCUUGAAACAAGCGCAGAAUGCGGCGCGCGCCAAGACUCUACGUGCUAAGUUCGAGCAUUGGGAGGAGACCGACGGCAAGAUCAGCAAUCACCAUGUCGCCGAAAUGGAGAUGGCCCAAGGUACAGGCGAGCAGUCCAGCAUAGAAUCGGCGAGCAGUCUUAGAGCCCGUUUCGAAUCUCUCGGCUCGCAGGCUAACGAGUCCCCGCGCACACCGAAGGUUAAAGUCAAUCGAUUUGUGGAGAUCCAGACAACAUGCACGGAGGUGUGCGAGAGCUGCGAGAAAAAGGUCUACCCCUUGGAGAAGGUCGAGACAAAUAACAAAAUCUUCCAUAAGCAAUGCUUCCGGUGUCUGCAGUGCAAUUGCAUUUUAAGGAUGGACUCCUUCACUCUGAAUAACGGCAAGCUGUACUGUAUCCCGCACUUCAAACAACUUUUUAUUACACGGGGAAACUAUGACGAGGGCUUCGGUGUCGACCCGCACAAGAAUAAAUGGGCGACAACGAACUCCAGCAAUUCCACGAGCCCAUCACCAAUCGCGGUCUCGAACGGCGAUCUCUGAUUUUCCAAGUCUUCCACCUCAAUUCUUCCCUGGCUAUAAAUCGCUAUUGAAUUUUAGUCGAAUUUUAGGUGGAUCUAGAUAAAGAUUUGAAGAGGGAAUAGUCCCUCUCGGAAAUACAUUUUAGGAUGUAUGUCAAUCAUCAUGGAAGAGAUAUAAUAUCUUUUACAAUUUUGCCCUCGUGAAUGGUAAAUUAGAUCCACCUAUGGUCAAAACGCGAUGAUGAUUAUGAUAAAUUGUACAUUUUAUUACGUUAUUAUUGCGUACAUAUGAGAACGCGUAAUUGUAUAUUUAACGGUAAUUGGAAUGAAUCGCGAUGAUUGGAGACUCGCUCCAAGAAAACGGUCUCUGCAUGCGAAAAUCUUUUCGAAGUGUAAAUCUUGCCAAAUGAAUCGAAAGAAAUGCACAUGUAUUUUCUGUUCGUAAAUCGAAAACGUAAAUAUGAUUUAAAUUAUAUCGAGGAAAUAAUGAAAAAUGCGCGCGAUUUUUUGGGUUUGUCAAGUUGCGUUGAAUUAAAAUAUAUUUUAAAGUUCGUAAUGAAAGAUUAAUGAAAUAUCGAAGA